GUCUUUCGUCUGAAAUUUGUCAGGAGAUUUUGUUUAAAUCUGAAAUAAAAUGACGCUGCAGUGGACGGCGGUUGCAACUUUCCUGUAUGUAGAGAUUGCCGUUCUUAUCUUCUUUUGUCUGCCGUUCAUUUCUGCUAAAAGAUGGCAGAAGAUUUUCAAGUGGAGCAUCUGGAGCCGGCUUUCCCAGUUCUGGAACAAGGGCUUCCUCGCCAUGAUAAUAAUCCUCAUCGUUCUCUUUCUUGAUGCUCUCCGUGAGGUCAGAAAAUACUCGAACUCGGAUCAGUCCAAAGAUGCCAAGCUGCACCCCAACAUGUUCGACCACAUGCACAUGAAGCUCUUCCGGGCUCAGAGGAACCUCUACAUCUCCGGCUUCUCGCUCUUCCUCUGGCUGGUGAUGAGGAGGGUGGUCACUCUGAUCAGUCAGCUGGCCACAGCUGCAGAUUCUUGCGUAGAUCUACAGAACCAGGUCGAAACUACCAAUAAAGCUGCCAAGAAGUACAUGGAGGACAACCAGAUCCUCAAACAGGCUCUUGCAGAUGCCAAAGAAGGAGGACAAAAAGCAGAUCCAGAGGAGAGCAAACGGCUGAAGGAGGAGCUGCAGAGACUGAAGGAGGAGCUGAAGACCAGCGCAGAUGCUCUGAAAAAGUCAAAGUCUGAUUUAGACACCAUGAAGAAACAAAGUGACGGACUGACCAAAGAGUACGAGCGGCUGCUUCAGGAGCACCAGCAGCUGCAGAAUCAGAUGGACAGCGGAGAUAAAAAAGAAAACUAGAGGAACGGACACACCACACAAUGUAAAUCUGCACGAUAAUCAUCAUUACGCUCAGUUCAUCCUCAACACACUCACCUGACACUCCUGAUGAUGACUUCCUGUCAGGUCACAUGAUCAGAGCGGUUUCACAGUUUUCUAGCAUCGUUGUUUAAUAAAAUGUGCAAAACUUCGUCAUUUAGCUCGUCACUGGAGCGAACCUGUUAAAAUGACAACUGUAUACCUUAUUUAAGUCUUUUUUAAUAGUAAUGUUUCCCCUAAUAUGGACAGUAAUGGGUAUAGAGUUGUUAUUUUAAAGAAACUCUUCACCUUUUUGUGUAAUUAGGCUCAUUUUACAGCUCUUCUAGAGUUAAUCAGGUGAAUUUUACUAUUUUUUUGUAAUCUAUUCAGCUGAUCUCUGGGAUUCGCAGGGGCACUUUUAGCUUAGCUUAGCAUAAAUGAUUGAAUUGGAUUAGACCAUUAGCGUCUCGCUCAAGUAAAAGCCCAAUAAUUUAGAUAAUUUUUCUGUUUAAAGCUUGACUCUCUUUUAUUUACAUUGUGUACCAAGACUGGUGGAAAAUGUAAAGUUAUUUUUUAGGCUGAUAUAGCUAGUAAAAACUUAGCUUAGCAUACAUCAUUGAAUCGGACUAGACCAUUAGCAUCUCGA